AUGCACACUCAAUCCAACAUCUAUCCUAAGAGAUCGCUCUCCCAAACAUCAACUACCUCAACCUCCUCUCAUACUACCCAGUUCUCUGAGAAGAGUCAUUCCAAACUGUCCAAUCCUCUCUCAAUUCUCUUCCGAUCCAAGUCUCCUGCACCGAUUGAUAUCCCCAAGGGCCAAGGCACAAUGUCAAUGUCACAGCCUCGAGAUAUCCCGCAGCGCAAUCGCAAACCUUCAUACUUCCCGGAUCAAGGCUACACCUCAGUCAGCCCCCAGAUGUCUGCUAGCAUGGGUUCGCCGAAGGCGGGCUACCCUAAGCGCGCAUCUACUCACACCCGGAAGAACAGCGAUGACUACAAACGUUACAGUGGAACUGUCAACCACUACGGUCGUCACUCGAAUGACUGGCUAUUCGGCGGCUUCAGUGUUCGCGAGACGUUCCGUGAUAGCCUCGAUAGGCUUCGCGGCCAGGACAAGGAGAGCUGA